UAGGGAGUGCGGCUGGCUGGCUGUGUGCAUUGUGUGAAUGGAGGUGGCUGAUCGCAGUGCCAGGAAAUCGGCCCACCGUGCACUUUAUUAGCGGGGAGGCAGGUUGGGCUCGCAGUCAUUCCUUGUUGUGUUUGGGGUGGGGGAAGGAUAUUACAUCUGGUCACCCAUCUCCUCCUCCCUCUCUCUCUGUGGCUUGGUGCAGCCUUGUGUGUGUGUGUCUGUGAUCUCGCUAUGUCGGAUGACGAUUCCAGGGCCAGCACCAGCUCCACUUCAUCUACCUCUUCCAGCCAGCAGAUAGACCGGGACCUGGGCAACAACCACAGCACCAAGAAGAAGGAGAGCAAAGUCAGCAUGAGCAAGAACUCCAAACUCCUGUCCACCAGCGCCAAGAGGAUUCAGAAAGAACUGGCUGACAUCACCCUGGAUCCUCCCCCAAACUGCAGCGCUGGUCCAAAAGGAGACAAUAUAUAUGAAUGGCGGUCUACUAUUUUGGGUCCCCCUGGCUCUGUGUAUGAAGGAGGUGUUUUCUUCCUGGACAUUACAUUCACCCCUGAAUACCCAUUCAAACCUCCUAAGGUGACAUUUCGGACGAGGAUCUACCACUGCAACAUUAACAGUCAAGGAGUCAUCUGUCUCGAUAUCCUGAAAGAUAACUGGAGCCCAGCAUUAACCAUUUCUAAAGUUCUCCUUUCCAUCUGUUCACUGCUCACAGACUGCAACCCUGCUGACCCUCUUGUCGGAAGCAUUGCCACCCAGUACACGACCAACAGAGCAGAGCAUGACAGAAUGGCCAGACAGUGGACCAAGAGAUAUGCCACAUAAAUACAAUUUGGCACACCAGUCUGUCUGUGAUGGCAAGAGCUGCUUGUUCAUUGGGCAAUGGAGGGUGGGAGUCUGCAAAGAAUAGGUUAUUUCUAUAACAGAUUUUAUUCAGUCUUUUAUUUCCAGAGAAUUUUGUUAUUGUAACUUAAGGUAUCUUUCUGCGGUAACUGACUGGAUUACAGAAACCUCUGAAUUAGGAUCUAAUGAGGAAUACAAAGAUUGUAAAGUUGUUUUCCCCUGUUUUAUUUUUGGUUCUGGAUGCGAUUAUGUAAACUAUUCAAUUUAAUUUUGUACAGUUACACUGCUUAUACUGUAUACCUCUGUGUUGUCCUUUUGUUCAAGUAUUGAAUGAGUAUUUGUGUGUGAGAGAUAAAUUGUAGAGUGCGUGUGACAAACAUAACCAAGUCUCUACUGUAAGGGGCCGGGUUAUAUGUAUUAAACAUUUUACACUUUAUAUCCUUUUUCCUUUUUUUGUAUGUUGGUGAGCUUUGAUGGAAGAGGUGGUAAUGGAACCUGUAGUAAAAUACCUUAAGCUGUUUAAAUGUAAAAGUGGAUAAGAAUUACUCCGUGGAUUGGUUAUAUGUUGUAGGCUAAUGAAGUCUGCAUUUGUUACUGUGCUAAUAAAAGUGGAAAAUACAA